AUGUUCCGCUCCGCCAUUGUCCGGUCCUUGAAGGCCUCCAUUCCCCGUACCGUCAAGGCCCCGGCUCCCUUCCAGAUCCGCAGCUCCCCCAUUGCUGCGCGCGCCUCGCAAUUCACUCCAUGCUUCGUCUCCCAGGGUGCUCGCUUCUACUCCGCUCCCGCUGGUCUAUCCAAGACCGAGGUUGAGGGCCGGAUAGUCAACCUGCUUAAGAACUUCGACAAAGUCCAGGACGCCUCCAAGAUCAACGGUGUUUCCCACUUCUCCAACGACCUUGGUCUGGACAGCUUGGAUACCGUCGAGGUCGUGAUGGCCAUUGAGGAGGAGUUCAGCCUUGAGAUCCCUGACAAGGAGGCCGACCAGAUCCACAGUGUUGAGAAGGCUGUUGAGUACAUCCUCGCUCAGCCCGAUGCUCACUAA